CGCGGCCAUCUUGCAGCUCCUGAAGCAACCAACCACAGCGUUGAACCCGGAUUCCCAGCCCAAGAUGGAGAGGCUGCUGGGGAUCUUCCAGAGCGAACUCUUCCAGGCCCUUUUGGAUAUCCAGGAGUUUUAUGAAGUCACCGUGACCGCGAGCUCUCUGCCAAAGAAAUAUCGCUACCAAGAUGAAGACAGCCCCCCGCUGGAGCACAGCCCCGCCCACCUCCCCAACCAGGUAAAGGCCCCCGAGCUGGUCCACGUGGCGGAGAAGAACCUAUCCCAGAUCGAGAGCGUCCACGGCUACGUGUCUCACUCGCACAUCUCCCCCAUCAAGGCCAAUUCUCCACCCGUCAUUGUCAACACCGACACUUUAGAAGCACCAGCUUAUGUAAAUGGAACCGAAGGCGAGAUGGAAUAUGAAGAGAUCACUCUAGAGAGGGGCAACUCCGGGCUGGGCUUCAGCAUCGCCGGGGGCACCGACAAUCCUCACAUUGGGGACGACCCCAGUAUCUUCAUCACCAAAAUCAUUCCCGGAGGGGCAGCCGCUCAAGAUGGCCGAUUACGAGUGAACGACAGCAUCCUCUUUGUCAACGAUGUGGACGUACGAGAGGUGACCCACAGUACGGCGGUGGAGGCGCUGAAGGAGGCCGGCUCCAUUGUGCGGCUCUACGUCAUGCGCAGGAAACCGCUGGCGGAGAAGGUGAUCGAGAUUAAGCUGAUCAAAGGCCCUAAAGGGCUGGGCUUCAGCAUUGCGGGAGGGGUUGGCAACCAACACAUUCCGGGGGACAACAGCAUCUACGUCACCAAAAUCAUUGAGGGCGGGGCAGCCCACAAGGACGGGCGGCUGCAGAUCGGGGACAAAAUCCUAGCGGUAAACAAUGUGAGUCUGGAGGACGUCAUGCACGAAGAUGCGGUGGCAGCUCUGAAGAACACCUUUGAUGUUGUGUACCUGAAGGUGGCCAAGCCCACCACCCUCGACUUGAACGACUCGUAUGCCCCCCCUGACCUCACUUCCUCUUACUCCCAUCACCUAGACAACGAAAUCGGUCAAAGUUACCUGGGUACCGACUACCCGCAAGCCAUGACCCCCACCUCUCCUCGGAGGUACUCCCCCAUCCCGAAGGAACUGAUGGGGGAGGAAGAUAUUCCCAGGGAACCGCGUCGCAUCGUGAUCCACCGUGGAUCAACAGGGCUGGGGUUCAACAUUGUGGGCGGCGAAGACGGCGAAGGCAUUUUCAUCUCCUUCAUCCUGGCCGGGGGACCAGCUGACCUCAGCGGGGAACUUCGGAAAGGGGACCAGAUCCUCUCAGUCAACGGCGUGGACCUCAGGAACGCUACCCACGAACAAGCCGCCAUCGCUCUGAAAAACGCCGGCCAGACAGUCACCAUUAUUGCCCAGUAUAAGCCAGAUGAAUACAGCCGCUUUGAGGCCAAGAUCCACGAUCUCCGGGAACAGCUGAUGAACAGCAGUCUGGGUUCAGGAACCGCGUCGCUUCGGAGUAACCCCAAGAGGGGCUUCUACAUCCGGGCUCUCUUUGACUAUGAUAAGACCAAGGAUUGUGGCUUCUUGAGCCAAGCUCUGAGUUUCCAUUUUGGCGACGUCCUCCACGUCAUCGACGCUUCCGACGAGGAAUGGUGGCAGGCGCGGCGCGUCCAUCCGGAUGGCGACAGUGACGAGCUUGGCUUCAUCCCCAGCAAGAGGCGGGUCGAGCGACGGGAGUGGACGCGGUUAAAAGCAAAGGAUCGGGGCCCUGGAUCAGGCUCUCAAGGUCGAGAAGACGCCGUGUUGAGCUACGAAACUGUUGUGCAAAUGGAAGUUCAUUAUGCACGUCCGAUCAUUAUUUUGGGACCCACCAAGGACCGAGUCAACGAUGACCUCCUCUCUGAAUUUCCAGACAAAUUUGGAUCUUGCGUCCCACACACUACGCGGCCGAAACGGGAGUACGAAGUGGAUGGCCGAGAUUAUCACUUUGUGGCUUCGCGGGAGAAGAUGGAGAAGGACAUUCAAAGCCACAAAUUCAUUGAGGCCGGACAGUACAACAGUCACCUUUACGGGACAAGCGUCCAAUCCGUACGGGAGGUUGCUGAACAGGGCAAGCACUGCAUUUUGGACGUUUCCGCCAACGCCGUCCGGAGGCUGCAAGCCGCUCAGCUUCACCCCAUCGCCAUUUUCAUCCGACCCCGCUCCCUCGAGAAUGUUUUAGAAAUUAACAAGCGGAUAACGGAGGAGCAGGCGCGGAAGGCCUUCGACAGAGCUACGAAACUGGAGCAGGAGUUUACAGAAUGCUUUUCAGCCAUCGUAGAAGGAGAGAGCUUCGAAGAGGUUUACCACAAGAUCAAGAGAAUCGUCGAGGAACUCUCUGGUCCUUAUAUCUGGAUUCCGGCUCGUGAAAGACUUUAGAGCGAUGAACUAAAUUUCCCCGGGGAAGGGAUCCUGAAUUCCACCAACCGACCAACCAACCAACCGUUAACUCUGCAACCGCAUCGCCGGAGCUGCCUCUGGAGCAGAGGAGCGCCCCUGCCUCUUGCCCCCCCCCUGAACUUAGACGUUGGUCACUCUUUUGGGGUGGGGGGGUGGGCAAACGCCUCGAGAUAAGCCCUUACUUUAAGUUUCUUCUUCUCUUCUUUUAAGACUCGGACAGGGAUGGGGGGGAAAUGACGGUGUGCUUUUUUUCUUCUUGUCCGACUCGCGUGGCGAUUCCCCCCCCCGUUUUUCUUUCCACAGCGCAACUGAGGGGCUUCUAACCUCCUCCCCCUGGUCCCCAAAAGCGCUAGCACUUGCAUGCGGUCAUUGGGGGGGGGAGAGGAAAAUAAGGCGGGACUGGUCCUUAGAUUCCGAUCUCUUUUAUUCGGCAAGCAGGAAGCGGGUCAGGAAUCAGGAAGAAAGGAAAGAGAGAAAGGAAAGAAGGAGGGAAGGAAGGAUAUAUAUUUUUUUUCAUUUUACUUGUUUUCUAUAAAGCGGAAGACCCUUUCGAUGUGUUUAUGUCUUCUGGAUUUGGCCGAGGCAGAGUUCCCAGGGUGUUAAGUGAUAAUUUUGAGUGGAAAAAAAAUAUUGUUAGUUAAAAUAACGUUUCUCAACCCCGGCAACUUUAAGAUAGGUGGACUUCAGUUCCCAGCGUUCCCCCAGGCAGCCAUUCCUGUUUUUAUUCUCCUAUCUCCUAGAGCAGAGAGAUUGCAGAGGAAGGGAUUAUAAGAGAGUAAGCAGGACACAUAUCAAAAGGAACACAUUAGUGCCAGGGAAUUCUGGGAGUUGAAGUCCACUCGUCUUAAAGUCGCCGAGGUUACGAAACGCUGAUUCAAAUCAAGACCCGGAGAAGAAUUGUCCUUGUACACAGAAUAGCCAAAUGACUUAGGAAUUUUAUUCAUAUAUAUGCGAAAUAAUGGUCACAUAUAUAUAUAAAAAUGCUUCCCCCGCCCCCCCCCAGUUGCAUUUUUCCUUUUUUUAAACUCUUCUUAUUUUUGAUUUCCUCCUGAGUACAUGAGGAGUCAUCUGCAGCUUCAAGAGAGGACAGAAAAGAGGUGAUGGAAUUUUAUUAUAUUGCAGCAAUCUAUAUUUUUCUUUACAUGGAAGGGAAGAGGAGAGUGGAGAAAUAGAGAAAAAGAAGAUAAACAACAACAACAAAAAUUAUUUUUUUUCGAUGUCCUGUGAUUCUUUUUGCGGUCAUAUCAAGUCCUUUGGUGCGGCUGUGCGUGAUGUUACGAAAAACAAAAAAAAAACAAAUAUAUUAAAGGAGAAACAGUUUUUAACGGGGGGGGGGGGAAAUCUACUUGGGAGAAUUGUUUUCGGUUUUCCAUUGGAAAAUUGUCAUUUACAAGAGGAAUGGAUUAUUCUUAUUUUUAUUUUUAUUUUGUACAUAAAAGCAAAAAAACAGAGAGAAACCGGGAGGGGGAAGAAGGUGGGUUAGAGAAAUUGCUUUCCCCCCCCCCCGACCCCCUCCCUUACUGCUUUGGAAGUCCCCUGCAAGACCCAAAAUUCGAGACGCAAAAUUCACAAGUCCGGAGUUUGUGGCGGGGUGGGCAGAAAUUGUGAAUUACAGAAAAGAAAAGGAAAAAAAAAAACAAAACAAAAGGGAGAGUUUUCAGAGGGAGAAGCCUCCGGCUUCAUCGUUUUGAUGCUGAAAACGAAUCAAGUUACUAGUCCCUCAGCGUUGCAGGAAUAAGGAAAAAAAUAAUAUCGGAGGCAGGAGAUGCGUCAAAUUUUUCAACAUUGCUUUCCGAUGAAGAGAGGCUUCUGGGGAGAGGGGGUGUGUGUGGGUUUUUAUUUUUUAUUUUAUUUUUUGGGGGGAGCAUUCAAGCCUCCCCACCCCAUUGCUGACCAGCCCCUUGCCUAGACUCCCACCUAAUUUUUUAAUUUCAAAUGUUCGUUUCUUUUACGUGCUUCCAGUUGGACUUUAACCUGGUUAUAGGGGGGAGAGGGAGAGAGAGAAAGAGAAAGGGAGGCGGGGGGGGGAGAAAGAUUUUUUUUUCUGAGCACAACAAAGAGGCAGCUUGGGGUGGUCUAGAUGGCUCUGGGUGCCCCCCCCCAGUGGCCGAUUCCAGGCUGAGAAGGCAGCUGGCUGGGAGACACCAUUGUCCAGGGGAAGGGGGAAUAUAUAGAUAUAUAUGUAUAGAGAGAGAGAAAAAGAUUUAUUUAUUACCCCGGUUUCCAAAGGCGGCCCCCCCUGUCCUGCAAACUUGGCUGCUUCCAGCCCCAGAGGCUGGGCCUGAUUUUGGGGGAGCGAACGGGGGGUCUCAACCUUUCCCCCAUGUCCCCCUCCCCUUUAUGCCCAGCACUCACUUCAGAGAUGGCAGCCAUCCUGCUGACUGACAGAUGUCAAGGGCUUUCAACCCAGGGGCGGGAUCCCUGUGCCCCCUCCCUCCCCUACGCCCCCACCCCACGCACCCCCACCCCCAACGAUAGGGGUUGGGGCAGAAGAAGUCGGUCAGGCAAAAAAGGGUCCUUCGUUCCCCUUUGCAAAAAAUGCCAAAAAAAAAAAGAAAUAAAUUAAAAGAGAUAUUAAAAGAACUAACUGGGGUGGUUUCUUGGAGGCAGGGGGG